AUGUAUCGUCCUAUUUUGUACAGCCGUUUGGCGAACUCCGCCAUCUGGAUGCGGCACGCUUCUACCACUUCUAAAAGACCUCAGGUAAGGAGUUUUGAUUCGUUUUUUUGAUUUUUAGGUAUGAAAAGAGGUAAUCGUGUUUGUAAAGUCUGAAGGUGUUGUUGGCUUUUAGUAUGACUUAGAAAAUGGCAAGAACUUUCUUUACAAACUAUAAAAUGACAGGAACUUUCUUUACAAAAAAUAAAAUGGCAAAAACUUUCUUUACAAAUCAAAAAUGGCAAGAACUUUCUUAACAAAACGUAAAAUGGCAAGAACUUAGUUUAAAAAACGUAAAAUUUCAUGAACUUUCUUUAAAAAGCAUAAUAAAGUAAAAAUUAUAUUGUUUUAGUUGAUAACAAGCGCGAAACCGUCGAUCAGUAAUCAAGAGUCGUUUAUGAAUGGCACGACCAAUGUGUACGUGGAACAAAUGUACGAAAGCUGGAGACAAGAUCCAAACUCGGUUCACUCGUCAUGGGCUUCCUAUUUCCGCAAUGUUGAAGCUGGUGCACAGCCUGGACAGGCUUUUCAGGUAAGCAUGGUAUAUUGAGGUUGUUUUAAUUAGGUUUUUUGAAAAUUACAUUGUACUUUGCAAAAAACUAACAUACGCCGUUUUUUCUAGAAAAAUGUCAAAGUUAAAGCUUAUUUUAGGUAACAAAUAGUUUAAAAAGGCGUUUUUGGGUAUUAAAAGGGAUGAUUGGGUAAUAAACAGUUAAAAUAGGAAUAAAUAGUGACAAAAGCAUUUUUGGUAUUAAAAAGCUAGAAAAAUGGAUUUUUUGAUCUAAAAUGUUGAUUUCAGAGCCCUCCAGCAACCUCAUAUGGUGGAUAUCAAGCUCGCCUUCCAUCAACUCAAGUAGCACCAGUAGCUGCUCCAGCCACUGGAGAUGUGAGCCAAGCUAUUCACGAUCAUUUGAAAAUUCAAUUGUUGAUUAGAAGUUAUCAGGUAAAUUGGAAAAACUUAAUUUUUUAAAAUUUUUUGUUUUUAAAAUAGAAAAAAUGAAAAAAGUUCAAGUAAUUAUGAGUCCGUAAUCCAGAAAAUUUGCUUUGAGAGAAGGCGCAAAAGUAUUUGAACAGCUUAAAAUUACGUUUUAAAAUUGAUGGGGCACAGAAUUAUUUGAAAAACAGAACAAUAAUUUGUAAAAUACGGCCCAGCAAACAUGGCAAUUAUUAAAAGCCCAAUUUCAGACCCGAGGCCACAACAUUGCCGACCUGGACCCUCUGGGGAUUAACAGUGCCGACUUGGAUGAUACGAUCCCACGUGAGCUGGAAUUGGACUUUUACGGAUUCACGGAGAAGGAUUUGGACAGAGAGUUUGUCCUUCCACCAACAACUUUCAUCGGCGGAGAGAAAACGUCAUUGCCGUUGAGAGAAAUUCUGAAUCGAUUGAAGGUAGGCAUGGUUAAUAUAAGGUUGCAGUAGGGGGGGGGGGGAGGAGAAAUAGGUCGUUUAUAGUCGGUUUGGCUCAACUAUUGGGUCAGAUUGGCCUGGAGCUAAAGUUAUAGCAGGCCGGGUCUAAAAUUCGGGCCCCAAAGUGGGCCUGGCCUGCUUCUAAUUUCUAGUUGAAGUUGUUAUACCUAUGAUUUUUCAAAAAUUUAAUUUUUUUAUGUUCAGAACAUUUACUGCCGCCACACCGGAGUAGAAUACAUGCAUCUGACCAACUACGAACAACAAGAAUGGAUUCGUCGCCAUUUCGAAGCCCCACGAGUCACUGAGCUGACAGUUGAACAGAAGAAGGUGUUGUUCAAGAGAUUGAUCAGAUCCACCAAGUUUGAAGAGUUCUUGGCCAAAAAAUGGCCUAGCGAAAAGAGAUUCGGUCUGGAAGGAUGUGAGGUCUUGAUCCCGGCUAUUAAGCAGGUAGGUUGAUUGAAUAUUUAAAAUUUGAAUUUUUAAAAAAAUUUUUGUGUUUUAGAUAUUGUAUUUUACAGUAAUAUGGAUUUACAGUAGGCAUUGUACAGUGAAAGUUAAAAUUUUUUAGAUUUUUGAAAAUUUGGUAUGAAAAUUCCAAAAACACUAUUCCAGGUAAUCGACCGCUCCUCAACUCUCGGUGUCGACUCGGUCGUAAUCGGAAUGCCACACAGAGGUCGUCUGAACGUGCUGUCCAACGUUUGUCGACAACCCUUGGCCACUAUCCUGUCCCAAUUCUCAACCCUAGAGCCCUCGGAUGAAGGAUCAGGUGACGUGAAGUACCAUUUGGGAGUGUGUAUCGAACGACUGAACCGCCAAUCUCAACGCAACAUCAAGAUUGCUGUGGUGGCCAACCCGUCUCACUUGGAGGGUAGGUUAAUGGUGGGCUUGAGGUGGGGAAUCGAGGUUUUGGGGGAUUGGAAUGGAGUUUUGUGAACUAUUGUGGGAUGUUGAGGUAGUAUAAAAUGAUUUUUUUGCUUAAAAGUGAUCUUAGUGAUAUUUGAUCUGUUCAAAAUCUAUUAAACCUUCCACCAUUUUAGCUGUCGACCCGGUAGUCCAAGGCAAAGUCCGCGCCGAAGCCUUCUACUCGGCCGACAACCGCUGCGACAGCCAUCUAGCCCUAAUGCUUCACGGUGACGCCGCCUUCUCGGGUCAAGGCGUUGUAAUGGAAACCUUCAACUUAGACGAUCUCCCCGAUUACACAGUAAACGGAGCCAUCCACAUGGUCGUCAACAACCAAAUUGGCUUCACCACCGACCCCCGUUCCUCACGUUCCUCCCCCUACUGUACCGACGUCGGUCGUGUCGUCGGAUGUCCAAUCUUCCACGUCAACGCCGACGACCCAGAAGCCGUCAUGCACGUGUGUAAUGUCGCAGCCGACUGGAGGAAAACCUUCAAAAAGGACGUGAUUAUCGAUUUGGUGUGCUACAGAAAGCACGGUCACAACGAGUUGGACGAGCCCAUGUUCACCCAACCUCUGAUGUACCAACGAAUCAAGCAGACCAAGCCCAUCCUCGACCUGUACCAAAAAAGCAUCAUUAGCGAAGGGGCGGCCGAUGAGAACUACGUGAAGGAGGAGCUGAACAAGUACGGCCAAAUCAUGGAAGACGCCUACGAAGAGGCCAAGAAGAUCACCACCGUCCGCAACAGGGACUGGCUCGACUCACCCUGGGACGACUUCUUCCGAAACAAGGAUCCAACCCAACUCCUACCCACCGGCGUGGAGAAGGACAACAUUGAACAUGUAGUAGGGAAGAUCAGCUCCACUCCAGAAGGCUUCCAUCUUCAUCGUGGUUUGGAGAGAACGUUGAAGGGCAGAGCCAAGAUGCUUCAGGACAACUCACUCGACUGGUCGAUUGGAGAAGCCCUGGCUUUUGGAACUUUGUUGAAAGAAGGUAUGUGUUUUGGGGAAAAGAACUUUGUUUACAGACGAGGAAAUGAAGAAAUGAAAAUUUUUUUUAUUUUGAGAAAAUGAAAGAAACUUUCUUUACCAGGAUGAAAAUUGGAAAAACAUUCAUUUAAGUCAAAUAUUUUUUUCUAAUUUUAUAUUGUUAUAGGCAUUCACGUCCGAUUGUCCGGCCAAGACGUCGAGCGUGGCACCUUCUCCCACCGUCACCACGUCCUCCACGACCAGAAAAUCGACCAAAAAGUGUACAACCCCCUGAACGACCUCUCCGACAGCCAAGCCGAGUACACCGUCUGUAACUCAUCCCUCAGUGAAUACGCCGUCCUCGGCUUCGAAUUGGGCUACUCCAUGGUCAACCCCAACUCGCUAGUCAUCUGGGAAGCCCAGUUCGGUGACUUCUCCAACACCGCCCAGUGCAUCAUCGACCAGUUCAUCUCCUCAGGCCAAUCCAAAUGGAUCCGUCAGACUGGACUAACAUUGUUGUUGCCACAUGGCUACGAAGGAAUGGGCCCAGAGCACAGUUCGGCACGUCCAGAACGGUUCCUUCAAAUGUGCAACGAAGAUGACGAAAUCAACUUGGCUAAAGUGACACUGGACGAUAAGUUUGUAGCCCAACAACUCCACGACACCAACUGGAUCGUAGCCAACUGCACCACCCCCGCCAGUAUCUUCCACUUGCUCCGCAGACAGAUCUACCUGCCCUUCCGAAAACCCCUCAUCGUGAUGACUCCGAAGUCGCUGCUAAGGCACCCACUAGCCAGAAGCCCAAUCGAAGACUUCCUACCCGGCACCAGCUUCCAACGUGUCAUCACCGACAACGGGCCAGUCACAGAGAACGCCCAGAACGUGAAGAAGGUGGUGUUCUGCACAGGCAAAGUCUACUACGAGAUCCUCACUGCCCGGAAGGAAAGGAAUCUGGACGACUCGAUCGCCUUGGUCAGAGUAGAACAGAUCUGCCCAUUCCCAUACGAUCAAAUCAAGGCCGAAUGCGACCGCUACCCCAACGCCCAAGUGGUAUGGGGCCAGGAAGAACCCAAGAACAUGGGCUACUGGACCUACGUUCAGCCAAGAUUGAACUCGCUUAUUAGAGAGUAGGUUUAGGGAGGGUAAUGUGUAAAAGUUGAGGGUAAUAAGAGGUUUUUAGGCUUAAAAUGUAAGCUUAAAAAGUGAAAUGUUAGGCCUAAUUUUUGAAAUUAAAAAUUAAAUUCCGCCUAAAGUUUAGGCCUAAAAAAUUAAAUGUUUGGCUCAAAACUUAAGCCAAAAAAAUGAAAUCUUAGGCCUAAUUUUUAAGCCUAAUAAUCGAAAAUUGGUUGUCUUAUUAAUAAUAUCAAUCUUUUCAGCCAAAACCGUGUAGUCAACUACGUUGGCCGCAAGUCGGCCGCCUCACCCGCCACCGGCAACAAAUACACCCACAUAAAAGAACAAAAAGAACUUGUCGAUAACGCCCUGUCCUACUAG